AUGCCCAGGGAUGAAGCUCAAGACCUGCUCCUGGCUGACCAGAAUGGAAUUGACAGGCUGGAGUCUCAGUCCUUACUUCCAGAGUCCCCCAGUGAGGAGCGCGAUGCGUUAACCCCUUUUGAUACAACUCCCCAUUCCCCGAUCUCUCCUCCCACCUUAUCCGAUGAAACACAGCACCAGCGACAGUCCUCGUUCGCUCAACCGGUGGCCGAAGGCCAACGGCGGGCUCCCCGCACCUUAAAUCGCGUUAGAUUUGACCUGGACGACGACACAGACGACGAGCAUCGAUCGAAUGGCUAUCCUCGACACUCGGGAGACUCGUGGCUAGAGGGGGAAGACUACGCCCGCGGGGACAAUACUCGGUCAGGAAGGAGUGCCACAGGGCAGACGGUCCCCCUUCUGACAGAUAUAGAAGCGCCGAGUGUCACUCUUGCAACAUCCGACGACUUUUUCCCCGAAGAGCACCUUGAGAAUGCAAGGCCGAGGAGUGGAAUGCGAAUGGCCUUCAUGAAUAUGGCGAACAGUAUCAUAGGAGCUGGUAUCAUCGGGCAGCCUUAUGCACUGCGGCAGGCAGGAAUGCUGAUGGGCUUAACACUUUUGGUUGCGCUUACAGUCGCAGUAGACUGGACCAUUCGAUUGAUAGUGAUCAACUCCAAAUUGAGCGGCGCGGAUUCAUACCAGGCAACUAUGCAGCACUGUUUCGGGAAAAGUGGCCUCAUUGCUAUAUCCAUUGCUCAGUGGGCAUUUGCUUUCGGCGGCAUGAUUGCAUUCUGUAUCAUUGUUGGCGACACCAUUCCGCACGUGCUCGGCUCAUUGUUCCCUUCACUUCGAGAUAUGUCGUUUCUGUGGCUUCUUACCGACAGACGAGCAGUAAUAGUCCUUCUUGUCCUGGGUAUUUCUUACCCAUUGUCACUAUAUCGGGAUAUUGCCAAGCUGGCCAAAGCGUCUACUUUAGCGUUACUGAGUAUGGUGGUCAUUCUGGUCGCUGUGCUAACACAGGGGUUCCGUGUCCCCUCGGAAUCCCGAGGAGAAGUGAAAAGCCUGAUGAUUGUUAAUUCCGGCUUCUUCCAGGCUGUUGGAGUGAUAUCUUUCGGUAGGUCUCAAACAGCCCUCCUCAUAUAUGGUUCUCUGAAGAAGCCGACUUUGGAUCGCUUUGCGAGGGUGACCCACUACUCCACCGGAGUGUCACUCGCGAUGUGCCUGACUAUGGGCAUCUCGGGGUUUCUUUUCUUUGGUUCCCAAACUCAAGGAAACGUGCUCAAUAACUUCCCAUCUGAUAAUAUUAUCGUCAAUGUAGCACGGUUUUGCCUUGGCUUGAACAUGCUCACGACUUUGCCAUUGGAGGCUUUUGUAUGCCGUGAAGUCAUGACAACCUAUUACUUUUCGGAUGAGCCCUUCAACAUGAAUCGGCAUAUUAUUUUCACGUCGGCGCUGGUUGUGUCAGCCAUGACCAUGGCUUUGAUUACCUGCGACCUUGGAGCGGUAUUCGAACUCAUCGGGGCAACAAGUGCCGCCGCUCUUGCAUACAUCUUUCCUCCUCUGUGCUAUAUCAAGCUAAGCAAUGCCUCUCGAAAGGCCAAGAUCCCCGCAUAUUUGUGCAUUGUCUUUGGGAUAACCGUCAUGGGUGUUAGCCUACUGCAAGCAAUUGCGAAAAUGAUCAGAAGUAAGUUGAAGACUCUAAACUAG